AUGACGUUUUCGACAUGCCCUUACGGGUAUCAUCAGUAUCGCCGAGUGUGCUACAAAGUAUUUCUCUCACCCCAAACGUUCACCUACGCGACCACGGGCUGUCAGCUUGACGGAGGCACCCUCGCCAUUCCCCGUGACGCCGGUAUCAACGCGUUCCUCCUCAACCUGAUCGCCAUGCACGCGCACCCCCCUAGUAGCUUCUGGUUCGGCUUACAUGACCGGGACUAUGAGGGGCAGUGGACGUGGGUAGACGGUACCGCACUGGGCGAUGGUUACACUGCAUGGAUACCGGGCCAGCCAGACAACUCCCGCGACAGGCAAGACUGCGUUUAUUACCGGGGGGACUGGAACUACCUGUGGGAUGAUAGGGAGUGUAACGCGGCUUACUUCUUCAUCUGUCAAGUCUUCUCAUCAGGUUCACCUCCGCCAACUACUGAGAUACCAACGACAACGAGACCUUAAACAUCUCCAACCAGCACCACAGUCCGUACUACACAGGCCACA